UCUGCUACAUCUGCGUUCGUGCCAGCUUUGUUAGUUGGUAUUGGCUCUUUGCUUUGCUUUGAUUUUCUCCUGCUUCUGCCACUGCCGCCACAGAGAGAGAGAGAGAGAGAGGAGAGAGAGAGAGAGACUGGGAGCGGACAAGAAGGAAUUAGAACAGGUUGAAGAAGUAGAAUGUGAACAUAGCAGUCAAAUACUGGCAGAGAGCUCAUUUUCUUAAGUUCUUUUCUUUUUUAAUUUAAGAAAUUGAUUAAAGAGGCGAAAAGAGACGAUCUUGGGGGGGAAAAGUUGCUUUUUCGCCUAAGAUUUCUUCUUGGGAUUAGAAUGCCAAUGGAAUUUUGACUGUAAUUAAGAGUUCAGCUGCUUCACUGAAUCAAACUGCAGAAUUCUGUGGGUAGUAGGGCUGCCUCUUCUCUGUUUCUGGAGCAGUGUUUGGAUUUUGCAUCUGGGUUUUAGUUUUCAGAGUCUUUUGGUUGGAGUUUAUUAGCCUAAAAGGUGGUUCCUUUUCUCAAUGUUUAUGCUCAAGCGCCCCACUUCUCAUCUGGGUUUUUGAGUCUUGAUGCUCUAGGGUGAAGAUAUUUGGUGCCGAUUGCUUCUGAAGAGAUUUUGGUAUAUGGGCUUUUGUUUCUUUUUCAAAUAAUGAAAUGGACAAGAGUUAACCUUGGGAUUUUUCUGCUGAAAUGGGUUUGUUCAUAGGAACUUUGUGUGAAGAUGGGCGUAAGAAAUCAGUGGUGGUGAUAAUAUAGCCGAAAUUGUAGUGGCAAUAACCUAACAUGGAAACAAAAUUUUCCCUCUUUUGGAUGGUGAUAUUGGCUUUCUUGCAACUCUCCUCUGCAACUCUUUCACCUUCUGGCAUUAACUAUGAAGUGGUGGCAUUGAUGGCCAUAAAGUCAGAGCUAAAUGACCCCUAUAAUGUUCUUGAGAAUUGGGAUAUUAACUCAGUAGAUCCAUGUAGCUGGAGGAUGAUCAGCUGCUCUUCUGAUGGAUUUGUUUCUGUUCUAGGCCUACCAGCCCAAAGCUUGUCUGGGACUCUAUCACCUGGAAUUGGAAAUCUUACGAAAUUGCAAGCUGUGCUGCUGCAGAACAAUGCUAUUUCUGGGCCUAUACCUGCUGAUAUUGGAAAAUUGGAGAAGCUCCAGACACUAGACCUUUCUAACAAUCAGUUUAGUGGUAUCAUUCCUAGUUCCCUUGGUGACCUAACGAACCUGAAUUAUCUGCGUCUGAACAAAAACAGGCUUUCUGGACCCUUGCCUGAUUCUAUGUCCAACAUCAAAGGCCUUACUCUUCUGGACCUUUCUUACAACAAUCUAAGUGGGUCUAUACCAAAGAUAUCUGCUAGAACUUUCAACAUCAUUGGAAAUCCUUUAGUUUGUGGGCAAAAUUCAGUGAACAACUGUUCUUCCAUCUCUCUAAACCCCCUAUCUUUUCCACCGGAUGGCAUGAAGGCUCAGCCACAACCUGAAGUAAAGAAAAGCCAUUGGAUAGCUAUUUCAUUAGGUGCAAUUUUUGGUUCUAUUAUUCUAAUAGUCAUUUUUGUUGGAUCGCUACUUUGGUGGUAUAAGCGGCACAAUCGACAAGUUUUCUAUGAUGUAAAUGAUCAAUAUGACCCUGAAGUAUGUUUGGGUCAUUUGAAGCGUUACUCUUUCAAGGAGCUUCGUGUAGCUACAAAUAAUUUUAGUUCCAAAAGUAUUUUAGGAAAAGGUGGAUAUGGAAUCGUGUACAAAGGAUGCUUGCGUGAUGGCACGGUUGUUGCUGUGAAAAGGCUGAAAGAUUAUAAUGCCAUGAGCGGGGAAGUUCAAUUCCAAACUGAGGUUGAAAUGAUAAACUUGGCUGUUCAUCGUCAUCUCCUUAGAUUAUAUGGAUUUUGUGCAGCUGAGAAUGAAAGAAUCAUUGUGUACCCUUACAUGCCUAAUGGAAGUGUUGCUUCCCUAUUAAGAGAGAAUGUUAAUGGAAGACCAGCCUUAGACUGGUACAGACGAAAAAGAAUAGCAUUGGGGACAGCAAGAGGACUAUAUUAUUUGCACGAGCAAUGUGAUCCUAAAAUAAUUCACCGUGAUGUGAAAGCUGCAAACAUUCUUGUUGAUGAAGAUUUUGAAGCUGUUGUUGGGGAUUUUGGACUGGCAAAGCUUUUGGAUCAUGGAGAAUCUCAUGUAACCACUGCUGUAAGGGGGACUGUUGGUCAUAUAGCUCCGGAGUAUUUGUCAAGAGGCCAAUCGUCGGAAAAAAUCGAUGUUUUUGGUUUUGGAAUUUUAUUACUUGAAUUGAUCACAGGUCAAAAGGCGGUAGAUUUUGGACGAAUAGCAAACCAGAAAGGAGUGAUGCUUGAUUGGGUAAAGAAGCUGCAUCAAGAGAACAAGCUGAACACAAUGGUAGACAAGGGUCUCAAGAACAAUUACGACAGAAUCGAGAUGGAGGAAAUGGUUCAGGUAGCACUUCUCUGCACUCAAUACAAUCCAUCUCAUCGGCCAAAGAUGUCUGAAGUUGUGAGAGUGCUCGAAGGAGAUGGGCUUGUUGAUAAAUGGGAAGCUUCAUUAUUGCACAAUAAUACUGAAAACAUGCCAAAGUUAUCUCCUCGAUCAUCCUCUUUCGAGCCACAACCAAUAUUGCCUAUUUAUUUAGAUUAUGCAGAGGACUCGUCUCUUGUAGUCGAAGCAAACUUAGAACUUCCUGGACCGUUAGUUUUAUUGUUGCUGAUAGACCCCGAAUGAUUUUUUUGUUCUUUUACCCUUGAAAAUAAGACUUCUAAAAGUAAAAGAGUAGAAAAUUUCACUUAGGAAGUCUAUCUGCAACAAUGCACAAUAAAACUAGAGGUGUAGUAAGCUCCAAGCAGUGACAAGGGAAAAAUAUCAAGUGAGUUUUGGUCUAUGAUAUUAAAUGUGCACCGAAUGAAUCUCAGUCAUUUGAUCAUUGAAUUUUUGGAAUUCGUGCAUAGAUUUAAGGGUUGACAUUCUUUCGGUGCACAUUAAAUGCCAUAAACCGACACUUUUUCAAUAAUAAGUGGGAUCUAUUGACAAUUAACCCUUUUUCUUUAGCGGCCACAGUGGCCUGAUCUUGGUGACGGUUGGUUUCAUGCAUUCUUUUUGUACAAAAACAACAGUAAUCAAUAGGGUGGUUGUUAUGUUCUUCA